AUGUCUCUGGGAGUAGGCCUCGCAUCAUUAUGCAGCGUCGUGGCUCUGCUGUAUCGACUGUUUACGAGUUACAACUUGCCCAGCACUCUGCCCUGGGCCGGUGCACGCGGACAACAUGGACGAAUCGCACGUGCCAGGGCCAACAUCGCAAGUUUCUUUCAUCUGAGACAAUUACUUGACGAAGGUUACCACGAGUACUCUAAACGCGACCGUGCCUAUGUCUUGCCUUACUUCCUCAAUGGGCCGGAAGUAGUCCUUCCGCCAUCGCAGAUCGCUUGGCUCGUCAGCCAGCCUGACCACAUCCUAUGUCAGGACAAAGUGAACAGACAGUUCCUCCAGGCCGAAUACGUCUUUGCUCACGCCAACUUGGUCAAAGACCCAGUACAUCCCGAAGUCAUACAGCAGCAGCUCACGAGAAAGCUUGCCACCUUCAUCCCAGCCAUUGUGCAGGAGAUGGAACACAGCCUGGCAGACAAGUGGGGUGUCAACGAAGGGGAGUGGGUUGAAGUCGGCAUGUAUGACACGCUGCUGGACAUUGUCACGCGGCUGUCCCUGCGGGUCUUCAUGGGGCCAGAGCUGUGUCGUGAUCCUGCGCUGAUCAAGGCCUGUCAGUCGUUUGAUCGGAAGGUUGCGCUUCCUGCUGCGGCCAUCAGCAUGUUUCCCGAGUUGCUGAAACCAAUCGUGGCUCCGUUCUUCACGGCGUAUGACUACGUCCAGUAUCUACGAUGCAGGAGAAUCAUCCUUCCCAUUAUCCGCUCGCGACUUGAGAAGCUUCGGAACGAGGAGCUUCCAGUCACCGACACCAAACCGCCCAAUGAUUAUAUCCAAUGGGCCAUUGAUCACGCCUUUGCGAAGCCCGUGCUCGACCCUCUGGAACUCGACGAGCGCGUCAUCACCUCGCGCUUUGCAGUGCUUUGCUUCGCGGCGAUCCAGUCUUCCGUCAUCACUCUGACCAACGCCAUCUUUGACAUUGUCUCGUCUCCAGAGCGCGAUGAUAUUUUGUCCAGACUGCGCGAGGAUGUGCUGCAGGCCACUACCACUACCAGUUCUAGCACCAGCACCAGCAUCUCCUCAGUAGUGGGUGACAAUGCGAUGGUGUGGACCAAAGCGAGCAUCGCAAAGAUGAGGCUCGUGGACUCGAGCAUCCGGGAGAGCAUGCGGCUCAACGGCUUCAUCCAGCGCGGGGUUGUCAAGAUGGUCGUUGCCCCCGAGGGCGUCACUCUGCCCGACGGAUCGCACCUGCCCUGCGGCACAAAGGUCGGCGUGUCGGGCUACAGCAUCCACCGCGACGAGGACAACUACGAGGACCCCAACACCUUCAAGCCCUUCCGCUUCACCUCCCUGCCUCCCGCGGGAACGACAGCCUCACCGCCGCAGAACCUCGUCAACACGAGCCCGACGUUCAUGGGCUUCAGCCACGGCGCGCACGCCUGCCCCGGGCGCUUCUUCGCCGCGAACCAGCUCAAGAUUGCACUCGGGCACAUUGCCCUGCGGUACGACAUUACCCCUGCUGCUACUGCUGCUGCUGCUGUCUGUGAGCACGGCACCGUUGGCGAUGGUGCUGUGACUUGCACAAAGAGGCCAGAGAACAAAUGGUUCUUUGGCCACAUGGCGCCGCCUCUGACGGAAAAGGUCCGGGUCCGGCGGCGGCGGAAUGCUGCUUCAGAUUUCCAAGCGGUUUGA